CCUCUCCAGAAAAUACACACUAACAAUUCACCUUCACCACCAGCAGCAAUGGCAGACGUUUACGACGACAAUAAUGACAUCGAAAAGCUUUACGAAUACGGCGAACGUCUCAACGUAGCUAAAGACAAGUCUCAGAAUGAAGAAGAUUAUAAGAAUAUAAUUAGUUUAGCAGCAAGUACAAACAUAAAAGCCAAACAAUUAGCUGCCCAGUUAAUUCCUAGGUUUUUCAAAUUCUUUCCGGCUUUAUUCGAUCUCGCUUUUGAUGCUCUUAACGAAUUAUGUGAUGCUGAGGAACUUGGGAUACGUGUGCAAGCAAUUCGUGGACUUCAUCUUUUAUGCAAGGAUAAACCAGUAUAUAUUCCCAAGAUUGUUGACAUUCUUGCUCAAUUUCUCAUAACUGAAGAGAACGUGGAACGUGAUGCCGUGCAUAAAGCUCUCCUGUCUUUGUUGAGGCAGGACGUUAAAGCAUCUUUGACGGUUUUAUUUAAGCACAUCGAGAGUGUUGAUGAACCAAUCUUGGAUGAUAAUCGUGAGAGGACCCUUCAUUUUAUCAGGGACAAGGUAUUUCCUAUAAAAUCUGAGCUCUUGAAGCCUCAAGAAGAGAUGGAAAGGCAUAUCACCAAUUUAAUUAAAAAAAUCUUGCAAGAUGUUACUGGAGCAGAGUUUAAGAUGUUUAUGGAUUUUUUAAAGAGUUUGAGCAUUUUUGGAGCUAAGGCUCCUGCAGAGCGGAUUCAAGAGCUUAUUGAAAUUAUUGAAAGCCAAGCAGAUCUAGAUGCACAGUUUAAUGUUUCUGAUGGGUACCACAUUGAUAGAUUAAUAUCAUGCCUCUACAUGGCUCUUCCAUAUUUCGUAAGGGGUGGUUCAAGUAGCAAGUUUCUCAGAUAUUUAAACAAGAACAUUAUUCCUGUUUUUGAUAAGCUUCCUGAAGAACGUAAAGUAGACUUGCUCAAAAACGUCGCUGAGAGUUCUCCUUACUCGACAUCUCAGGAUUCACGCCAGAUUCUUCCCUCUGUUGUUGAGCUUUUGAAGAAGUACAUGCCUUUAAGGAAAACAGGAGAAGAGAUGUACUUGACAUAUGUUGAAUGCUUGUUGUACAGUUUUCACCAUUUGGCUCACAAGGCUCCAAAUUCCACAAAUAGUUUAUGCGGUUAUAAGAUAGUGACUGGCCAACCAUCAGAUAGGCUUGGUGAGGACUUCUCAGAACUUUACAAGGACUUCACAGAAAGGUUAAAAUGUGUUGAAGAUCUAGCUAAAGCUACCAUAAAGAAAUUAACCCAGGGAAUGGCUCAGCAGAAUAAGACAAUGGCGACUGCGAUAUCUGACGAGGAAAAGGCUAACAUCAAAACCCAAAAGCAGAAUUCCACGACAGGCUUGCGAACAUGCAAUAACAUUUUGGCAAUGUCACAGCCACUGCAUGCAAAGGCACCUUCGUUUAUUGGAGAUAAAAGAAUAAAUCUAUCCUGGAAAGAUGCCAUCAAAACUGUGGCACCACCAGCUAAUGCAGCCGGGGUGAAACGCCCUGCUAGUACUACGAAUGGUUCUGGAAACUAUGUAAACAAACGAGGUCGUGGAGGUGGUAACCAGCUUGUGCACAGGGCAUUUGAAGGUAUUUCAUAUGGAGGGAGAGGUAGUUUGAGGGGCAGUGGACAUGGUAGGGGCUUGGGUAGACGUGGUCGUGGAAGGGGUCGUUAUUAGAAUUUGCUUCUGAAACUCACACUAUGAGUUACUAAAUGAUCGAUUAUCUUGUGAGCCAUUAUUUUGUAUCAUUCUCCAACUAUUCUGAACACCAUUUGUCAUUCUCACCUGGUAUGGUAGUUUCAUAGGCUUCAUGAGUAUAGCUUGACCAAACUGCAAUCCCAACAUUUACCGAUUCACAAUGUUUGAAGAAAGAAGAACGAACAAGUGCAGUAGAUGUGGUGGAUCGUUUUUGUUUUACGUUGCUACAUUCUGAUUAGUUUUACUUAUGGAAUUUAUAAGAACGUUGAUAUUUCUUUAGAAAAUUGCAGUUUAGACAUGUAGCAGAAUGUACUUCUGGGUUCAUUUGGUCUAUGGUAAUAUAUGUUGACUUAUAGUUCA